AUGUUAUCGGAAAAAGGCAAGACGCAGCCCGAGGUCACAGAUCUGGCACAUAUCACGGAAGAUGAAGAGUCAUCUGAAAUACACUCUACCUUUGCUGUAAAAAGUAAAGUGUACAGCUGUCUCCAAGUUCUCGGUGCUUUCUUUAUAUUCUUCAAUGUCUGGGGUCUCAACCUCGCAUUUGGGACAUUCCAAAGCUACUAUGCACUCACCUAUAUCCCAUCAUCGACAUCAUCUGACAUCGCCUGGAUUGGAACGAUUCAAUCCUGGCUCCUAAUCGUCGGCGGUCUACUAUCCGGCCCACUUUUCGACCUUGGCUACAACCAGAGCAUGAUUCUCGUCGGCAGUACCCUAGGUGUAGUCGGCAUAAUGAUGCUUAGUCUUGCACAUGACUACUACGCCAUAUUCCUAAGCCAGGGGGUCUGCAUGGGCCUCGGAUUCGGACUGCUUUAUGUCCCUGCUAUUGCAUUGGUCAGCCGUUCUUUCACAACAAGAAGGGCUGUUGCGCUAGGUAUUUCGAGUAGCGGUGCGCCUGUCGGGGGCAUUAUCUAUACGACGAUGUUCAACCAGCUUAUAUCAAAGGUUGGGUUCGCCUGGACCGUCCGCCUUGUGGCGUUCUUGAUGCUGGCGCUGUUCAUCGCGGCUGCUAUUAUGCUUUUGUGGCCGGAGAGACAUGCAGUGAAGGUUAAAAAUACCCAGCGCAGGAGCUUGAUUGAUUUGCGCGCUUUGAAGGAUUUGCCUUUUUGGAGCUUUGCUAUCGGGAACUUUUUUCUUUACCUUGGUUAUAUCACGCCUUUCUAUUACAUUCCGACUUACGCGGAGACAAAACUAGGUACAUCGCGCUCAAUGGCCUCUAAUAUCUUGAUGAUUUCCCAGGCUUCUUCGGUUAUUGGCCGUGUUGUCUUGACUUUGUUCGCUCAUUACUAUGGGUCGAUGAUUGCUUGGAUCAUUUGCGGUAUACUCUCAGGCGUUCUGUGUAUUUGUUGGAUCAGUGCAGACAGUCUUGCCCGGUUUAUUCUUUUUGCUGCCUUCUAUGGUAAGUGA